GGAAAGAAUGUUCAUGCUUUUGAUGUAAUGUCGUGUUAGUGAGUGGUAUAUUUCGCUUUCCUUGUUGUUUGGAAUUUAUAUAGAAAGUGAUUUACUUGACCUGUUGGAUACAUUUUAAAAGUUACAGAAAUCAUUUAAAAUAUCUUUAUUAAUUUUAUUUUCGGAUUCCUAUAUAAAUUCUAUAUAGAUGGUAAUUGUUUUGUCUGUAUGCAUAUUAUAGUAGUGGAUAUAUUUUAAAAUCCCCUAUGUUCACCUUACUAUUAUUAUGUGUUCUAUCAUAUUGUUGUUAAUCAAUAUGCAAUACAAUAAUAUUAUUGGAACAACAUUUGUUAUUCCUAUUUAUUUUGUAUUAAACUAAAAACUAUAGGAAUAAGUAGACAAAGAGAUUUUAUUGAUAAUCUAUUAAUUUAACAAUUAAAAGAUUAUUAAGGUACUUUAAUCAAGCAUAAAACAAGACAUUGGUAAACAUAUAUUCAACUAAAUGCAUGCAAUAAAAUGACAUCAAAAUGACAUCGGUAGAGGCGCAGAAAGAUCUUACAGAUUCCUCGUAUCUACAAAAUUCAAUUACAAAUGAAUCACAUGAAGAAAAUUCACAAUCAACAAAUGUCCAAAAAGGACAUAAUGUAAUUAAUAACAUUAACAAGGAAACAAAUAAAGUUGCCAUUACGGAUACAAAGGACGACAUUAAAGAUACACAGGAUAUUACAAAUUCUGAUCAAAAGGAAAGUAAAAAUGAGGAAGUGAUCAUUUUAGAAAAUAUUAAGAAAGAAGUAAAAUGUAAUAUAAAUAAAAUAGAACGUAGGCAGAAUACAGGGAAGUUGGAUAUAAUUUCUUCUGUUUCUGACAAUGACUUUAAGUCAAGUAAAAAUGAAAAUGUAAAAGAAACUGUGUUUAAAAGUGGAAAUAAUUUAAAAAGGACACGACGAAAUGUUAGUAUACAAGAGACGGAUGUUUCCUUAGAUGAAAAUAAUUUGAGAAAUAAGCGAAAAAAGAGAAAUACAAAUGAUAAAUUUUGUUGGCGAUGUCACAAGGAAUCUGUAGAAGCACAUUGCAGUGCUUGCCCUAGAUCAUGGCAUCGAAAAUGUAUAGGAAUGCAACAGUCAAUUAUUCAAAAUUGGAUAUGUGGAGAAUGUGCAGCUAUUUUGCAAGCAGAAAAUGCAGAAACACGUUCUACAGCUAUGGCACAACUAUCUGUUGACCAAUUAUGUUUAUUACUGAAACAUGUAGUCGACAGAAUGAGAGAAUAUCCUGGUUCAGAACCAUUUUGGAAACCAGUGGAACUUUCUGAGGCUCCAAAUUAUUUAGAUUACGUGGUAAAGCCAAUGGAUCUGAGCCUUUUAGAAUCGAAUGUUCGGGCUAAAUUAUAUGGUAGUACAGACGCAUUCAUGGCUGAUGCCAAGUGGAUACAACACAACUGUAUUGUAUUCAACACAUGUGGUGGUGUAUACACAGAUACAUCUAAAUUAACGAAUGCCGCGAAACAAAUUAUUAAAUUGGCACGUCAGGAAGUAUCAGAAAUUGAAGCAUGCCCUGAUUGUUAUGCUCAUGGCAGAAACUUACCAAGACCACAACCAGCAUGGUUUAUUGAACCCUGUCGUCGUCCUCAUCCACUUGUGUGGGCGAAGUUGAAAGGCUUCCCAUUUUGGCCUGCUAAAGCUAUGCCUCGAAUCAAUUCUCAAGGUUUUAUUGAUGUGCGAUUUUUUGGGGAACACGAUCGAGCAUGGGUUCCUCCGCGAGAUUUGUAUCUAUAUUCCGAAAACCCACCUGCUCCAUUACCGAGGAAGAGAAAAUUAGAUAUGGUAGAGUGUGUUAGAGAAAUUACUCGUCACUGUCGGAAGCUAGAACUUGUGUUUGGCCAAUUUACAUUUGCGCCUCCCAAAGUGCAAUAUAAUCCGCAUGAUCCAAUGCAAAUAAAAUUACUGUUACCAAAUUAUGAUCCUCUUCAUUCUAAUAACUGUACAUCACCGCAACUCUUGCUUCCCAAAAAGACGCCGCUUCUUAAAAAGCGGAUCCAUGUAAAAAAUAAUUUGCAAACAAACUCGGAAAAAGCAGACAAUUCCGAUACUGAAAAUAAAAUAUCAAAUGAAUUUAACAUAACUAACAAAGGAAGCAAAAUUGAAAAUAAAUCACUUAAAGCAGUACAAGAAUCUGAUAACUUUCACAAAACCGAAACGGUUACGAUUACAAGCAAUAAUUUAAAUGAACCAAAAGAAAGAAAAAGGAAAGUGAAUGCGCAACCAGAGAAGAAUAUGUCAGCAAAGUUCGAAGUGGUGAUGAAAGAAGAUAUAAAUACGCCAAGUACAAGUAAAACUAAUACAAAUAGUGUAAAUAAUGAGAAAUGUGUCAGUAAUCCAGUAAAAUAUGACGCGAAAGCACCAAAUUCUAUAAUGUUGAAACAAGAUAUUAAUCCUGAAAAUGCAACAAACAAUAAUGCAAAAUUUUUGGAGAAUUCAUUACAACAAGAGAUAAAAUCCUCGAAAAAACAUAUAGCAAAAGACAUUCACAUAUCCAAAAGACGAAUUCCCUUUAAAGUGAACAUUAUUAAAAGAAGUGUUGGCCAAAAUGUAAAUUUACAGAAGAAUAACUUUAGAAACCAUGAAAACACAGAAAAAGUUUACAAGCCAAAGACUAGAAUAGUCGAUAAAAUGAACGCUGAGAAAGCUUUAAAAUUUAUUACAGCGGAACAAAAUCAGAAUAUGGUAGAAUCGACAAUUUUGAUUAAACGCCAGAAUGAUUCAAUAACAUUGAAAGAAGGCUCUAAAAGUGAUAAUAAUAGUAAUUUAACAGCAUCAUCCAUUUCAGUACAAACUAAUAAAACAUCACUUGAUGUUGAUAUUAAUGGCGAUAUUGACAUUAAUAAAAAAACUGCUACAGAUCAACCUGUCGGAUUACUUUUCGUAAUAAAUGAUGAUAAACCUAAUAUCAAGAAAAAGUGUACUGAGGAAACUACCGAGAAUGAAAAAAAGAGCGAUAUUUCGGCUCCUGUACAACAAAUUUCCAGAGAUUCGUUGAGAGUAAAAGAUCAACAAGUAAAGGAAAAUAGAGCUAGAAAAUCAUUUCCUAAUAAACCUCGUAAUUACCCGCAACAUAUUACUCGUUCAUCGACAAAUACAUUAUCCAGUCCGAUCGAGUCUACUGUUCAUACGUCUACUCAUCAGGCUGAAAAUUGUGUCGAGUACCAAAUGUUGCCCCCAGAAGCAGGUCCUAUUAGUGCCCGUUUAUAUCAUGAUGCUCAAGAUUUAGCUACAAAAAUGGCUAAAUUAAUGGAAGAGGCAUAUAAAGAAGCAGCGCAUGAGAAUCAAAAUUGUGAAAAUCGCGAUAUGUCCGAAAAUCAUCAAGCGUCAGUUCAUUUUUUAAGAUUACAGAUAGAACGAAUGAGGUGGCAACACCAACAACAAUUAACAGAAUUAAAACACAACACUGACAGAAUAUUAAGAGAAAUGAAGGCAAGCUUAGAAGCUGAACGAUUACGUGCUGUCGAGGAAACUCGUAGAGAAGCCGAAGAGGGAAUGUUACGCUGUAUCGAAGAAAUCAAACGUAAACAAUGGUGUGCAAUGUGUGGCAGAGAAGCAUUAUUUUACUGCUGUUGGAAUACUGCAUACUGUGAUUAUCCUUGCCAACAAUCACAUUGGUCAGUGCAUAUGAGAACAUGCGCUCAACAACCUUCGUUCACUACUAUUAUUACUAGUUCUACUGCAAAUUCAAAUCAGCAACAGGUGAUGCCCAGACUUAUAAUAAAUGCACAGCAUGUGGCAUCAAACAUGUGGAGGGCCUAGAGCAUACUUUAGUAAUCAUAUCAAAAUAAACAGACUUACUAAUAAGACAUACGAAUUGCCUUAUGACAAACAGAAUGAGAUAUCGUGAUUUUUAUAUUUGUGUUGUUCUGAAACUGAAGAUUAAAAGGGGAUAAUCUUAAAGUGACAAAAAUAUUGAUGAAAUAAAGUAAAUAAUAUUUGUAUUUCAUUUUGCACAAACGAUCUAUACUUGUUUUGUAUAAAAAAUAGAAAAAUAAAUGAAAAUGUUAUGUAUAGUAUGAUAUAAAUAGCUUUUGCCCACUACGUUUUUAAAAACAAUGGGAAAGAUGCCUGUCUACCUUUAUAAAAACUACAUAUGUAUGUGUAGCCAAUUUACUUAUGUGUAUAAUACCAGAUAACGCAAAGUUGGAGAGUUUACCAUAUCUAAACUUUUCCUCGUAUAUCUUUUAAAAUACUAUAAUCAAAUAAGUAUUUAUAGAUUUAUCAACUUCUAAGAAGUAUCAAUUAUACCUAUGAAUUUUUUAUAACCUCUCCAAUACAUAUCAACGUUAAUGGUCCAAAAGUGUAAUAUAUGAAUUAAAAGAAAUCAUUAAAAGGGAAGAGAUGCACAAAUACGAUGAAAUGAUGUUUAAAUCUCUUCUAUUGGUAAUUAAUUACAUAUCUCAUAGGGUCGUACUAAAUUUUUUGUGAUUUGAGUUUGUUUCAGAAUCUAUUGUGAAAUCGACAGAAGAAGACUCCUAUUGGUUGUAUUCCAUAUACAUACAAUGUAAUGUCUUACGUCCUACAUAGUCUCCCAUCCAUUUUUAGUAAUAUUUAGUUUUUUAUAUACAUAAGUAAUUACAUUCAUAUACAUAUAUUCGUAUUGCAAUUGUAUUCUUCAUAAUUUAAAAAAAUUUGAUUUUAAUCCCAACCAUAAUUUAUGUAGUAAUUUUCUCCUAUGAAUUAUUAAAGUUCAUCGAUUGCUUCCACUUAUAGCGCUUAUGUUUAUAGUUUACACGUUUAACAGAUUUAACCUUUCGAGUUGAAUAUACAUAAUUCCUGUUUUCUCUGUAGCAAAUCGAAGAGGACAUAAGAAACACUCCGAUUUUUUAUCAGAUCGAUAUUACAAAAUAUGAGACACAAAGUUCCGUUUAGUGUAACGCCUAUAUUGUUUUUAGUCAAUGGUAAGAGCUAUAUCUAAUGAUCAGUGAUUGUAUCAUAGAUGUAGUAUAUAUGUAAUAUGUACAUAUAAGAAUAUGAAUAAAAACUAAAGAUCAGACGAAA